CUAUAUACUAAAGGAUUAUACAUAUUAGAUCAACUUUAAGAGUAUUAAUUAGUAAAUGGGGUUUAUUUCAAACAUCAAUAAUAUUGAGCUUCUUUCUAAGGUAGCAACUAAUAAUGGACAUGGAGAAAACUCAGCUUAUUUUGAUGGAUGGAAGGCUUAUGAAAUUGAUCCUUUUCAUCCAACAAAAAAUCCUAAUGGUGUUAUUCAAAUGGGUCUUGCAGAAAAUCAGCUUUGCUUUGAUUUAAUUCAAGAAUGGGUGGUGAACAAUCAAAAAUCCUCUAUUUGUACUGCUGGAGGAUGUGAAGAAUUCAAGGAAAUUGCAAUUUAUCAAGACUACCAUGGUUUGCCAGAAUUUCGAAGGGGAGUUGCAAGUUUCAUGUCAAAAGUGAGAGGAGACAAAAUUAAAUUUGAUGAAGAACGUAUAGUAAUGAGUGGAGGGGCAACUGGAGCUCAUGAAUUACUUGCUUUUUGCUUGGCUGAUCCUGGAGAGGCUUUUCUUGUUCCUACUCCCUAUUAUCCUGGAUUUGAUAGAGAUUUGAGUUGGAGAACUGGUGUACAACUUUUUCCAAUAAUUUGUGAAAGUUGCAACAAUUUCAAAGUCACAAAAAAAGCCUUAGAAGAUGCAUACAACAAAGCUCAACAAUCCAAUAUCACAAUAAAAGGCUUACUUUUAAACAAUCCAUCAAAUCCAUUAGGCACAAUUUUAGACAUGGAAGCAUUAAAAGAUACAAUAAGGUUCAUCAACGAUAAAAAUAUCCACCUAAUAUGUGACGAAAUUUACGCGGCCACGGUCUUCAACGUGCCCAAAUUCAUAAGUAUUUCCGAAAUUAUAAUAAGUGAAGAUGUUCAAUGCAACCUCGAUUUAAUACACAUCGUGUAUAGUCUAUCGAAGGAUUUAGGGUUUCCAGGAUUUAGAGUCGGAAUUAUCUACUCGUACAAUGAUGUUGUAACGAAAUGUGCUAGAAAAAUGUCGAGUUUUGGGCUUGUAUCGACGCAAACGCAGUAUUUAAUAUCUAACAUGUUGUUAGACGAUACGUUUAUCGAGAAAUUCGUAGUUGAGAGUCGUGAAAGAUUGGAGAAAAGGCAUGGGGUGUUUACUAAAGGACUUGAAAAUAUUGGAAUUAACACGUUGGAGAGUAACGCUGGGCUUUUUUGUUGGAUGGAUUUGAGAAGUUUACUUGAAAAAAAUACAUUUGAAAGUGAAAUUAAAUUAUGGAGAAUGAUUAUUAAUGAUGUUAAACUUAAUGUUUCACCAGGUUGUUCAUUUCAUUGUUGUGAGCCUGGUUGGUUUAGGGUUUGUUUUGCUAAUAUGGAUGAUGAUACUAUGAGGAUUGCAUUAAGGAGGAUUGAGAUUUUUGUGGUUCAAUACAAAGGGAUUAAUAAUAUAAUUGAAGAAGGAAUCGGCGAAUCUCUUCCUAUCACGCCUGGUCCAGUAUCUCUUAGGUCGAUAUAUGAGAAGAUCGAUAGAAGAAGGUAACCAACUAGAAGAAUUGCUCAUUUAAUGUAACAUCAAUGUCUACUACUUUUGAGGAAUGGAUAUAUUUAUUUGGCUUCACAAUUUAUCAAACUAUCAUUUGAACUUUUUUUUU